AUGUGUGGCAAUUCCUCCCGCCCCAGCUCCGGCGGCCGCAUCGCAGUCAUGUUUCCCUCCGCUUCCACCACCAACCACAUGAACCUGAAUAUGAACAUAAACCCUUACACGCUCUUCUUCUACGAGGGCGACCGUACAACCGCCAUCUUCCGCAUCGAGGAUCCAUUGACUCGGGCCGCAUUCCAUGAUUGCGAGAGCAUCGACCUCCGAAUCGAACGCCAUGGCGAUCUUACUUCUGCACUGACUGCGCCGCCUCUCCAUCAAUUCCGGCUCCGGCCGUCUUACUCGCGGAAGCAGGGCAUGACAGCGAUCGAAUCGGAGAUGGCAUUUGAGUUGCCCGAGAAGCUGGAUCUGGGGGUCUCGGAGAAGGGGAUUGUGGGGCGGACGGUGACGGUGGUGGCAGAGGGAAGGAUGAUGUUGCGAAUGGGGAUGGGGAUGGGGAUGGGGGUGGUUGGGUAUGAUUGA